AGGGCUUUAUAAGGGCGGCGCGCAGGUAAGGGCGCACACCUGCCCAAGGCCUUCCGGAGCUCCGACGUCCUACGCACCCACCACCGCCACACAAACAGGAUGCUGCGCUCGCUGCUGCUGUGUUCGCUGGUGGCGCUGGCGGCCGCCGCCGCCUCCGAGGACAACUCGCUGGACGAGCCCCACACCAACACCGUGGACCGCACCUCCUCCACAGUCUCCGCCAUCCAGCUGCCUGGGGCGGGCACGCUGCGCGCAGGUGACUUCUCGCUGUCCAACAACUUCGUGAGCGGGCUGGUAACGGCCGGCGCGGUGGUGCUGGGCGUGCUGGGCGUGGCGGCCGUGCUGGCCAUCCUGCUGCCGCUGUUCGGCGUCAAGCUCUGCUACCUCACGGGCACCUGCGACCCGCUGGGCCCGCAGGGCGUGUUCGUGGCCUCGCAGCCGCUGCCCGCCGCCCCCGCCGGCUCCCCGCACGCCUACGACGCCUACAACGCCGCCGCCUACAACAACGCCGCCUCCGCCGGAUACCCGUCCACCAGCUACCAGCGCAGGUCCCUGGAGUACGUGGGGCCCAUCCUGAAGGCGCUGAGCACGGCCUACGACAAGUACGCGGCACCGCGGCUGCUGCGAAAGGGCGGUCGCGCCUCCGCCGCCCCUGCGCCGCCAGCCGCCGCCCUCGGCCCCGCCCCCACCGCAGCCCCCGAGGUGGCUGCCGCCCGCCGCCGCCGCCGCUGAGCGCCACCGCCGCCGCCGCCGCCGCCGCCGCCGGGGACGUUGCGAUGCUCCAAACACGCACUUGUGCGUCUUCUUUCACAUACCUCCCUCUGUUAGACCAAAUUUACACACUUCCUUUUGACGUGCGAAGUCCGAGCUCCGCUGUCCCAGAAACCCGCUCUGAGCGUGCACCGCUCUGCAAAACUCGAAAUCGUUCGUCAACAGAAAGCAUGUAAAUCUGAGGGAGGGUUGUGAGGUUUUGCACCAGCUUUUGGAAAACGAUGUGAUUUACGUUAGAGGCAACCUCAAUCAUUUGAUGCGUAAAUGGCAUUUUCUACGUUUUUUUGUAGAUGAUAACAGAAGUACUUCAAAAUGGUGUCAGCGUAUGAUGCUAAAUUCCAAUAUUGCCACAUUCUCUAUAUUAGAAUUUGUUUUUCUAAAGCUGUCUAUAAUAAUGUGGUAUCAUGGGAAUUUAGCGCUAGCAGCUUGCUCUCACAACCAAAACUACUUCCAUUAUCGUAAUCACUUGAUGCUUUCUAGUAUAAUUGCAAGUAAGUCACAUUUUGGCGUUGAAAUUAGUUUGGAAGUGAUAAAAAAGUUUUUUAGAACUAGAUUGUACGUUGAGCAAAUGAUCAGAAUAAAAAUUUCAAAAUUUUAAUUUCGUCACUAUUCGUCACAAAAUUAGUACUAAUGAAUACAUCGCGCGUCCCCGUGCGACAUCUGUUGAGCCUCGUGUUCUUCAGUGUUGCUCAAUU